AUGCUGGGUACAUGCUUAGUAGAACAUGCCGAAAACUUAGAAAAUGCCAUAGUUCCACUAUCAAAUAAAUGCCGAGUUUGUGGAAAAGACGCGCGUUAUAUUUUCUUUGGAGUUCGAUCGUGUAAUUCAUGUAAAAUGUUCUUCAAACGAAAUGCUGAACGAGGACGAGAUGCUUUGAAAUGUCAAUUCGAUAAACAAUGUGAAGCAAAUCUAAACAAUCGAUUCGAAUGUUCAUACUGUCGAUUAAUGAAAUGUUUUCAACGUGGAAUGUUAGUUGAAAUGAUUCGAUCAUCACAUCCGAAAAAAAGCAACAAACACAAAUCAUCAUCGAAUGACAUCAGACAAAAGAAGUCAAGCGUCCUAAUUCAAUCAAAUAAAUACCAACAGCCUUACAUGUUAAAUCUUGUCCAGGCUGAUUUAUCAAACUUAACCAAUAGAGAAUGGAAUCUUCUUUCAAAUGUAUCGAAUUGUUAUAAUGAACAUAGUGGAUUGAUGAAAGGAAAGUAUUACAUGACCGAACAAGAAUCUCUACCACUUAAAUUACGUUUCAAAACAGCGCCUAUGUUAGCCUUUAUCAAUUCGGUGUUUGAAGGAGCUCAAUUGUUGUAUAAAAAUAAUCAAGAUUUUCUUACUCUAUCACUCGAAGAUCGAUCGUCUUUACUUCAUUCAACAACCCCAUAUACAGCUAGUGUAUCUUCAAAUUUCAUUAUGUAUAAAAUUGGCUUGAUGAACAGCGCCGCAUAUUAUAAUUCAUUAGAAAUCAUCACACAUCCAAGUUUAAUUCCAACGGCGAAGCGUAUUGCUACACGAUUGGAUUUUGAUGUCGUAGUUAUGAAAUUAAUGUUAGCAAUUUUAUCAUUCUCAACUAUUCAUUAUACCGUUUAUUCUCAAGCGCCGACAGAAAAUAUCUCAGAUGUUAAGCAAUUGUUAAAUAUACAAAAUAUUUAUAUUGAAUUAACAUGGAAAUAUUUGAUCUAUAAAUAUAGUUACGAACAAGCUGUUCGAUGUUUUUCGGACAUGAUUCGAUGUGUGUUUGCAGUCAAUCAAGCAAUGGUUGAAAUCGAACGAAUACAAUGGUUCACAAAUAUGAUCGAUUCAUUUGUGCAAAAAACGGAAGAUAUUCUGACUAUAUCCGGUUAA